UCUUCGCCCGGUCAGCCAGUCGUGCGGGAGACACUCAGCUGUGAAGUCAUAAGUGCGCUAACAGCUGUCGCCCCCUUUGGUGUUCGAAAAUUGUGCAUCGGCAGUGAUUCCGGAACUCACAAGGUUUCCCCGAAACUUCUACAUCAUCCUAAAGCUGAUCUUAUCCUCUGAGCUUAAAACACUCACCUACGAGAGGCGUUUCGUGGAUGUAUUCCAUUUUUUGAACGUACCAAGAGAGUUCCGAAACGGGUGGGAGAGCUCGCGUGACAACUAGUGCGUUUUGUGUCAACGAACUGGCUGAGUGAGCGCCGAGGACUUCAAACAGCGGAGAGAACCCUGCCUGUGACUCUGAGACGCGGAAUCCCUCCGGAAUGGAAAAUCAGUCGCAUCAGGAUCAGCCCGGGAGCUCGCAGUGGCCACCAGAUGAAUCGAUCGAAACUGACGAGGUGGUGUUGCACAGCCCCCCCAUCCAGGACACAAAGAACAAAUUCAAAUUCAGAUAUAUGAUGCAGUUCCUCGUGUUUUACGGCAUGUUUCUCGUGUACGCCAUGCGCACCAACCUCAGCAUCACGAUACUCGCCAUGGUGACAAACAACACUGACAACUCGACCGACGACCUGAGCUUAUCACUGCAAGGGAACAGCACACGUCCCGAUGUCCCGGUUUAUCCCUGGGACGAGUCGAUGCGGGGCUGGUUGUUGCAGGCUUUCUUCAUGGGGUAUAUUCUCACGCAGAUUCCUGGCGGUUACCUCGCCGAGAGCGUCUCGGUUAAAUGGGUUUUCGGUUACGGAAUCUUCCUCACCGCUUGCCUGACGAUCCUAUCCGAGGCCGCGGUCAGAAUCGACUACUCUGCAUUCUUCGUGUUGAGGGUCCUUGAGGGAGUCUGUGAAGGAGUCACGUAUCCUAGCCUCUACGCUCUGUGCGCUCGAUGGUCACCUGUUACCGAGCGGUCGUGGAUGGCGGGGGUCGCGAACAUUGGAACAAUUAUCGGCACGGUCGUAGCCGCUCCACUAUCCGCUUGGCUCUGCGAGUCGGCCUGGGGCUGGCCGGGUGUUUUCUACGUUACCGGCGGCCUCGGUGUAGUCUGGGGAUUGAUGUGGUACUUGUUAGCGACGAGCACCCCCGAAAAGUGCCGCUGGAUGAGCGAAGAAGAGAAAUCGUACAUUGUCAACACGCGGGGCGUUCUGAACUUCGAGAAUCGCAAGAAUCGGAAAGUCCCCUGGAAAGCUCUUCUCAGCUCGCGAGCCGUAUGGGUCAUCUCGAUCUGCAAGUUCACCAACAGCUUCAUAUUCUAUAUAUUCCUCACUGAGAUUCCGAGUUACUUGAAGUAUAUCUUCGACAUCGACAUCCAGAAGAACGGCUAUAUCAGCUCGGCAUCGUACAUGGGCAACGCGGUUGUGUCUCUGAUCUCCAGUUGGUCUUCCGACGUUUUCAUCGCACGAAACCCGGCAAAAAUCACUCGAGUUCGAAAAUCGUACGAGUGUACCGCACAAUUCCUUGGAGCGCUGACUAUCGGCAUCAUUCCUUUCCUGGGUGGCGACAAACAGGCCAUUGUGGCCAUCCUGAUUUUGAACACAUCCGUGAACGGUCUCACCGCCGGAGGAGAUGUCGCGAUCCCGAUCGACAUCGGACCGUCGCAAGCCGGAGCCAUCCAAGGCUUCGCCAACACGAUAUCCAACAUCGCUGGAGUCUUAGCCCCCCUACUUGUAGGCUACAUGACCAAGCAAAACGAAACGAAAGCGGCUUGGAACGCGAUUUUCGUCAUCACCGCUGCAAUUUCCCUCGCGGGUUCGCUGAUAUUCCUGAUCUGGGGCUCCGCCGAGGUUGAGGAAUGGGCAAAGGAUGAGGAGCAAGAUACGUCGAGAUUAGUUGAGGAAGGAAAAGAGUAGCUGCGAUAAUUUGUUUCUAUAUCUAGCUCAAAUAGAUGAUUUAAGAUCGCGACCGAGAGCUUCCAGCUCGCAGUGUUCACCCUUCCGGACGAGAGUCAUUGGAGGAUUCGGAAGAUUCACAAGCGAGACACUUGGGGAGCAUGGAGCUUUGUAAAAAGUUGUUGUAUCGAUCUCGGCCCGGAUCGAGGGGUCGAAAUCAGGGAACAAAUCAUCUGAACGUGAGCCGGCUCCUUCGCACGCACGGACCAAAGAUAUUUGAAAAGAUCAAUUUAUACAAAUGCUCACGUUCGUGAAAAUAUAUAUCUCUACUCGUUUU